ACAGAACUCAUUUCGCACUAUCUCGACCCAAGCCAGCCUAAGCUUCGCCAUGGCAUCCAAUACUUCAAAGAAGAAGGGGUCAAAGAAGGGCUUCCGCAUGAAGGAUCUUUUUCGAUCUUCGGAGACAUCGAGGGAUCGCGCGACUAUACCUAGUUAUUCAACCAGUCCGGGCCCCAUCGCUCCACCUUGUGAUUCCAGCGCGAACAACCCUGCACGGGCUGGUCCUAACGACCAUCUACCUCCAAAUGCGUCUGAACGACAGAAGUUGGGCCUUAUGCUCUUGACGCCGGUUUUGCCCUCUGCCCAAAUUGAUGAACGGUCCCCAGACAUUGUCGCAAUACACGGAAUAUGCGGAGAUCCACUGAAAACAUGGACGCACGAAAGCGGGGCUCUUUGGUUACGCGACUUCCUCCCAAAGGACAUCAAUGGCGUCCGGGUGUUUUCGUUUGGUUAUGAUGCCGAAGUGGCCCUCACAAAGUCUCUAGCGACGAUUGAUACUUUUGCACGGUCACUACUGAACAACAUAAAAUUGGAAAGAGACGGAAAGCAACAAUCUCGACCUUUGAUAUUCAUAUGCCAUAGUAUGGGGGGUAUCGUGCUUAAGAAGGCUCUUACCAUUGCCCGGCUCGAGGACGAAGAUGAAUUUCCUUUCCUCCGAACUUCGAUUAGGGGAAUAUUUUUCUUGGGCACACCUCAUCGCGGUGCUGACGCAAUUAGAUGGCCGCAGUUAUUGGCAAACAUUUCUGCCGUUGGCCCAGUGUGGGCAAAAAC